UGCCCUUCUGGUUGAAGUUGGAGACAUCCUGCUGGAUGAUGUUGUUGUCAUCGUGGCCGAUGGCCUUCUCGACGGCAUAGGCUGCUUCUGCUGUUGCCAUUUUGUCCGAGUAUUGUGGCUGUCGUGUUCGAUUCGCGUGUCUUGUGGUGGAACGGAGGUCAAGAGCCCCAAGUGCUGAAGGCCACUGGUACCUUUAACCACCGGUGUUGCUAGAUCCAUGGCGUCAGACGGUUGCAAGAUAGGACUCUGAUUGGGCUACUGCCGUAGAGGGUAUGACGAUGUUUUCCCGUCAUUGUCGAUGGUGGUUGAAAGAAGCAGGCUAAAAGGAAUGGCCGACGACGUCAUUGAUCGAGAUCCAAAUCCUACUUUGGCCUCAAUUGUGGGCCAGCCUUGGCACGAAUACAAGCCUUAUCUUAUCGCCCGUGUUGCAGGAAGGCAGGUUCUCCUCGCUGACUCUCCCGACACAAUGCGACAUUCCACCGUCACCAAGCGACAGAUAGACCUCUCGCAGCAGUUGAUGAACAUCAUGAUACAGAUGAAUUCCACCAUGCAUGUCAGCACCCAGGAAUUCCUCAAAUUCCUUGGCAAUGAGCUCAGCAGCAAUGGGUUCUCCAAAUCCCGAGUCACCGGCAGUCUCAUGGCCUUCAUCAGAUAA